UUAUUUUUUUUUUCUGUAUAUUUAUUCCCUUUUAUGAUGCUUCGUAUAUCUUCUUUUAGUAUUGUACUAUCUGGUAUAGUAGCAGGUGUUGGUAUUAUUAUCACUGUACGCUAUACAUGGAACCAACUCAAGUCCCGAACAGCUUUGCAGCAACAGAACAAACAACAACGACGACAACAUGGUCGAAAUACCAGCUCGACAAGAAGACGUCGGUCAUCUUCACAACAUGAUACUGACACUAGUUUAGGACGACGACGACGACGACGAAGACGGUCAAGACAACGAUCUUCAGAAGAAGAGGGUGACUGGUUACUGCCUUUACAUUUGGAUUCAGAAGACGAUGGAUCAGAACUAGUUAACGUGGACGACGAUGAUAAUGCAACGACCACGACUGCUACGACAAUGGCGGCUGGAGGGACUCAAGGCUCUAGUUCUCGUCAUUCGUCGUUCACUUAUCCAAACGUACAUACCAAUCGAUUAUUAUCAUUGUUUACAGAAUGGCAAGAGGACGAUGAUGGAAAUAGUAAAAAUUUAUUGCAACUUUUACAUGCUAUAUCUGAAAAUCAAGCUCGAAAAGAAGGAUAUAUUCAUCGUGGUAUUACUUGUAACAAAUGUGCAGUAUCACCCAUUAGAGGUAUUCGAUACAAAUGCGCCAAUUGUGUGGAUUUUGAUUUAUGUGACAUGUGUGAAGCUAGCAAUGGACAUCAUCAUACUCAUGUGUUCCUGAAGAUUCGGAUUCCUAUUCCACCUCUUGCCAAUCCUCGAAGUGCUCUCUUACCACCUUUUUAUCCUGGAAAAAACGAUACUCUGACUCUUUCAUCGGAACAAGCUCGAUUAUUGGAGUCUCAAUCUCAUUUUGAUCAAGUGGAAUUGGAUGCUUUAUUUGCUCAAUAUAAAUCAUUAUCCGUGGUAGAAUCUAGUCAAGGUGGGAUCAAUCAAACUACUUUUGAACAAUGUUUAGGACCUUUGGGAAUGGAAAAAAACUUGAUUACCGAGCGUAUUUUUUCCUUUUUUGAUCGUGAUCGUGAUAAUAUCAUUACAUUUCCUGAAUUGGUCCAUGGUCUUAGUGUUUUAUGUAAAGGAAAUCUGGAUGAAAAAAUCGAAUAUGCUUUCAAUGGUUAUGAUCUGGAUGAAGAUGGAUAUAUCUCAAGAGAUGAAUUAUAUUGGAUGUUCAAGUCAUACUUUUAUCUAUCAAUGGAAUUGGUACGUGAUGUGGUCAGUGCAAUGGAAGAUGAUAUGAUGGAUAAUUAUGAAUUCCCUGCUGGACAACCAGUGAGUGCUGCCUUUAAUGUACCUAUUCCUUCUACUACUUCCUCUGAUGGCGGCAAUGAUGAUGAUGAUGAUGAUGAUGAUGAUGAUGAUGAUAGUGAUGAUGGAUACAACAAUAACAAUAUGAACAACAACAACAAUGUUACUAGAAAUAGAUUAAGACGAAGACAACGAUUGACCAAUUUAUCAUCGGCUUAUCAACAACAAGGGGAUUCAAAUACUUAUUCUCAAAAACAUGAUUAUUUCACCUCAGUCUAUGCUAAUGAACCUUCCACCUCUUUUCAACAAUACAAUCAAGAACUUAAUAAUGAUGAUGAUACCAGUGAUUAUUUUUAUGAACAAGAUAUGAGAGGCAAGGGAAAGAAGGAACCUAUCAAACUUCAAUGGGAAGAAAAAUUCCCCAUCAUGGAAACCAUGGCUCAAGAUGCAAUUCAUGAAAUGGUCAACAAGACAUUCCGUAAUAUCGUGACUCAACGCGAAGGUUAUAUCAGUUUUGAUGAAUUCAAACAAUGUGUACAAACGGAUUCUAGUAUAGUCAGUUGGUUUGAAGCUUUGGGUACUGUAUUUUAGUUAGAUAGAGCAUAUUUUAUAUUAAUAAAUGUGUACACUUCAUAUAUAUAUCA